AAACAAUGUUGUCUGUUGUACCUACUUACAUGAAGUAUUGAGAUCACAACGAUGACGCGUGCUAUGACGUCAAAAAUCAAUAUGGCGAGAAAUCUGAGAGAGAUCGUUGAGGAACAUUUUAAUAAAGUUUUUAAUUUUUUUAUCAAGUUUAGCUCGAUAAAGACCCGACUAUUUUUGCUGUGGUAUGUUUGGUCAUAGUGAUUCUCGGCUCCUUGAUCGGUGAUCACCACGAUUUGCCGGACUUUUUCCUCUCAAACAAACGCAGCAUUUUCAACCUUUUCUUUGCAAAAUGGUCGAUGGCAUGGACCUUGGCGUCCCUGGCGCCGUUCAUGGUCGUAACCUGGUGGAAAAAAAGUAAAAACAACUUGAAAGUGGUUUGCAAAAACGUCUUUCGGCUCGUUGUGGCAUUUGCGAUUUGGUUCGCGGUGACAAGAAUUCUUGAUUUUAUUGAACACUCGAGCGGAGAAUGUGAGGGCAGUGAUUUGUACUCCAGCAAAUACGAGUGUCAUAGGGAAGGUUUACUAUGGAAUGGACUUGAUAUUUCAGGACAUUCAUUCAUUCUGAGCUAUUGUACACUCAUCAUUAGUGAGGAAAUUGACAUCAUUAGCUUUUGGAUGAACAAGAAUACUCCUGAAAAGAAGAUAAGUCCCAACAGGGGUGUCAGUCAGAACAAGAGGUCUACCCCCGAUGAUGGAACUCAUUUUAAUGAAAGGAAGGUUAAACACUCUAAGUCUGAUCAGAUAAGUUAUUCUAACAAUGUAAAAGAGAAGCCAGAGUUCGUUAUUGCUCGUUAUGUUAGUUACAGCUUGUACAUUCUCUGCUGUCUACUAAUCAUACUGUGGCUGAUUCUCCUCGUAAUCACCGCUCUGUAUUUCCACACUGUUAUAACCAAGGUGAUUGGUGUUGGAUUGGGUCUUUCCUCUUGGUUUUUCACAUAUGAAAUACUGUUCAAGUCAAACAACUUUCCUCAAGUCACCAAAGGAAUGAAAAACUAAACUUCCACAUUAUUGAGCUGGAUUUUUAGACUUUUUAUCUUUGUAGUAACUUAUGUUGGUAGUAAGAAUAAUAUAUUCUUGAUCAAAGCAAUGUUUGGAGUUGGUUCUCCCCUUU